AUGCAGUCUGCUUCGCCGAUCGUCAUCGAUGGCAAGGGCCACCUCCUCGGUCGCCUCGCCUCGAUUGUUGCCAAGCAGCUCCUCAACGGCCAGAAGGUCGUCGUCGUCCGCUGCGAGGAGAUCAACUGCUCGGGCUCGUUCUUCCGCGCCAAGCUGAGGUACCACGAGUUCCUCAACAAGCGCCACCUUGUCAACCCCAAGAAGUCGGGUCCCUUCCACCACCGCGCUCCCUCCCGCAUCCUCUACCGCACCAUCCGCGGCAUGGUCCCCCACAAGACCUCGCGUGGUGCUGCCGCGAUGGAGAGGCUCAAGGUCUACGAGGGUGUCCCCCCUCCCUACGACCGCAAGAAGCGCGUCGUCGUCCCCCAGGCUCUCCGCGUCCUCCGCCUCAAGCCCGGCCGCAAGUACUGCACCAUCAAGCGCCUCUCCCACGAGGUCGGAUGGUCGUACCGUGACGUCGUUGACCGCCUCGAGGAGAAGCGCAAGGUCAAGGCUGCCGCGUUCCACGAGCGCAAGGUUGCGUCGCAGAAGGCCCAGGUCGCCGCCCUCAAGGCUGCGUCCAAGGCUGCCCCGAUCUCGGAGAAGCUCGCCGCCCUCGGCCACUAA